AUGGCUCGCUUGUCCGACAGCGGCAACAUAAAGGAUAAGGACGGCUACAUAGGCGUCCAAGACGCGGACGUGGCGAUGACAUCAACACCAGUGGCCAAGCCGUACCAGGUCAAGUCGCCGCUACUGCGUGAGUGCAUGGCCGAGUUCAUCGGCACCAUGGUACUCAUCCUGUUCGGCGACGGCGUCGUGGCUCAGGUCGUGCUCGGUGAGAACACCAAGGGUGAAUACAUCAACAUCAACUUGUGCUGGGGCCUCGGCGUGCUCUUCGGCAUCCACGCGUCGGGCGGCGUCUCGGGUGCCCACCUGAACCCGGCAGUGACUACGACCCUCGCCAUCUACGGCCGCCUCGAGUGGCGCAAGGUGAUCCCGUACAUCAUCGCUCAAGUACUGGGUGCGUUCGUUGGAGCCUUCAUCGUCUGGGCCGUCUACUGUCCCAUGUUCAACACUAUCGACCCAGAAAAGGAGACCACGCAGGGCGUCUUCGCCACGUAUCCGUCGGCACCUGUUUCCUCACUGAGGUCGUGGCCGACCGCUGUGGCUCUUUUGGUGGUGGCAAUCGGUAUGGCGUUCGGUAUGAACUCCGGCUAUGCUAUCAACCCGGCUCGUGACUUCGGCCCACGUCUCUUCUCGCUCUGCGCCGGCUGGGGCUCCCGCGUCUUCACACUGCGUGACCACUACUUCUGGGUGCCGAUCGUCGGUCCGCUGCUCGGUGGAGCUAUUGGCGGCGGCGUGUACAUCGGUCUGGUAGAGCACCACCACCCACGUGACUACAAGCAUCCGCUUGAGGGUUAG